ACCCAUCUGGCAUUCUCUCUCGCUCUGUCACCAGCAAAGUCCUCUCAGUUUCAACCCUCGUCUUUCUCUUCUCAAAUUCCACAUUUUCCCAACUGAGAAUGGGAGGGAAGAAAUUUGGGGUUCUGCUGUGCGCAGAGGACACGGACUUUGUGAAGAAGAUGUACGGAGGGUAUUUCCAGGUGUUUCUGAAAAUGCUGGCGGAGGAAGGCGAGACUUGGGACCUCUACCGCGUGGCCUGCGGCGAGUUUCCCGACGACGACGAGGUCGAGAGCUACGACGGGUUUGUCAUCUCCGGGAGUAGCAGAGAUGCUCAUGGGAAUGAUGCUUGGAUCUGCAGGCUACUCACCCUCUUGACCAGAUUGGACUCCCUCAAGAUCAAAGUCCUCGGCAUUUGCUUCGGCCAUCAGAUAUUAAGUCGUGCAUUGGGUGGAAAAUCAGGGAGAGCCAUCACAGGGUGGGAUAUCGGAAUCCGAACUGUCCACUUGUCAUCAUCUUGCAAGGUUCUCUCCUCUCUCAACAUUCCAGCUUUUCUCUCCAUCUAUGAGAUCCAUCGAGAUGAGGUGUGGGAGCUUCCACCAAAGGCUGAGCUAAUUGCCUGGUCUGAAAAAACUGGAGUUGAGAUGUUCAGGUAUGGUGAUCACAUGAUGGGCAUCCAAGGCCACCCUGAAUACACCAAAGACAUUCUUCUCAACCUUAUUGAUCGUCUUGUCAAACUUAACUUCAUCUUGGAUUCUGAAACCGAGGAGUUGAAGUCAAAAGUGCUUGCCCGUGAACCAGAUAGGGAGGCAUGGAGAAGGUUGUGCUUAAACUUCCUCAAAGGUGGUUUAUGAUGAAACAUUACAAGUUAGGAGGUAUCAACAAAAGGUUGAAAAAUAAGAAUGUAAAUAU